AGGGGAGGGGGAGGUGGGGGGUGAGCCGGACAGCGAUGGCGGUGGUGUGGGUCGUGGCGUCGGUGGGGAUGUGGAUUGGUCUCCAUUGGUAUAGUAGGAUGGUGAGCACACUCAAAGCUCAAGAAGGGCUUGUGAGCAUGUGUGAGGAGCGGGCGCGGAUGCUCCAGGAUCAGUUCGCCGUCAGCGUGAACCACGUCCAUGCCCUCGCCAUCCUCGUCUCCACUUUCCAUUACCAGAAGCUCCCCUCAGCCCUUGACCAGGAGACAUUCGCAGACUACACAGCUAGGACUGCGUUUGAGCGGCCGCUGUUGAGCGGGGUGGCGUACGCCCAACGCGUCGUUCACGCCGAAAGAGAGCUCUUUGAGAAGCAGCAGGGUUGGGUGAUAAUGACUAUGAAGCGGGAACCAUCUCCGGUUCAAGACGAGUAUGCUCCUGUUGUUUACUCCCAAGAGACUGUCUCCUACAUUGAAGCCCUAGAUAUGAUGUCUGGAGAGGAGGAUCGAGAAAAUAUCUUAAGGGCCAGAGCUACUGGGAAAGCAGUUCUUACGAGGCCAUUUCGGCUUCUAGAGUCGAAUCACCUGGGAGUGGUCUUAACAUUUCCAGUUUAUCGAUCGGGUCUAUCUCCAGAUGCAACGGUAGAGGAGCGUAUUGAAGCUACCGCAGGAUUUCUUGGAGGAGCUUUUGAUGUCGAAUCACUUGUGGAGAAUCUGCUGAGGCAGCUUGCUGGCAAUCAAGAUAUAAUGGUCAAUGUAUAUGACGUCACCAACAGUUCCGAGCCUCUUAUCAUGUACGGCCCCCAAAUUCCCAAUAACUUCAACUCGCUUUCGCAUGUUUGCAUGCUCGACUUUGGAGACCCCUUCAGAAAGCACCAGAUGGUAUGCAGGUAUAGUAAGGACCCUCCGCUUCCUCUUUCAGCCAUUACAACUCCGUCUGGGGUCUUUGUCAUUUGUAUGCUUUUGGGAUACAUAUUAUAUGCGGCUUGGAGCCGCUAUGAUAAUGUUAAAGAAGAUUGCCGUAAAAUGGAAGAGUUAAAGAAACAAGCAGAGGCCGCAGAUGUUGCCAAGUCUCAGUUUCUCGCCACUGUCUCUCAUGAGAUCCGAACACCCAUGAACGGCGUCCUUGGUAUGCUAGAUAUGCUAUUAGAUACUGACCUUAAUUCGACUCAAAAAGAUUAUGCUCAAACUGCACAAGUUUGUGGAAAGGCUCUAAUUUCACUGAUAAAUGAAGUUCUCGACCGCGCCAAAAUCGAAGCUGGCAAGUUGGAGCUUGAAUCGGUAUCAUUUGAUCCGCGAUCGAUUUUAGAUGACGUCAUCUCUUUAUUUUCUGCAAAAUCAAGAGAAAAAGGAAUCGAGCUUGCUGUAUAUGUGUCGAACAAAGUUCCUGAAAUCCUCUUGGGUGAUCCUGGCAGAUUACGACAGAUAAUCACAAAUUUAGUGGGAAAUUCAAUUAAAUUUACAGAGCAGGGCCACAUAUUUGUCCAGGUUCAUUUGGCCGAUCAUUUAAAUCUGGGUAUGGAUGCAAAAGUCGAAACGAGUUUGAAUGGGCAUGGAGAUGAAACUAAAGUUGUCUCCGCAGGUGGAACUUUUAACACUCUUAGCGGAUUCGAAGCAGCAGAUACCCGAAACAGUUGGGAAAAUUUCAAGCAUUUGCUAUUAGAAAACGGCUUCAGCGAAAAACCAUUCGAAAGUAACGACCCUAGCAAAGUGACGCUUGUAGUAAGCGUAGAAGAUACCGGAAUUGGUAUUCCAUUUCAUGCGCAAAGUCGGGUGUUUACUCCAUUUAUGCAAGCGGAUAGCUCGACUUCGAGGAAUUACGGAGGAACAGGAAUUGGGCUGAGUAUAAGUAAGUGCUUAGUUGAAUUGAUGGGCGGUCAAAUAGGCUUUAUAAGCCGCCCUCAUGUCGGAAGCACUUUCACAUUUACCGCCGUCCUUCGAAGAUGCGAGAGAAGUUCAGGGGUGGACAUGAAAAAGCCGCUCUCUGAAGCUCUUCCGAAGUGCUCUCAGGUGAAAGCAUUUUUAGUGGAUAAACGACCCGUGAGAGUCGCUGUAACAAAAUAUCAUCUGCAAAGACUGGGGAUUGCAGUUGAUGCUUUCAGUAAUGUCGAUCUGGCAAUUGGCGCAAUCUCCAAACAAAAUAGAAAUACGGUAUCUGGGUAUAAAAGGGACCAGUGCAUAUUAUUAAUCGAGAAUGAAUUUUGUUGUUCCGAAACGGGUAUCUCCGUACGCAAUCAACUAUUAGGGCAGAAACAGAAUGGCCUUACGCCCCAAGUUCCCAAAUUGAUCCUUCUGGCUACUUCUGAAUCGGAUAAAACGAAGGCGGGAUUUUCCGUCGAUGCCGUGAUCAUGAAGCCUCUGAGGGCUAGCAUGAUAGCGGCGUGCUUUCAACAAGCACUUGGGCUCGGGCAAAAGCCGAUCAGAGAGAAACCCAAUGGAUCGGCCUUCCUGCACGGCUUAUUGGCUGGAAAGAACAUUUUGGUCGUCGAUGAUAACAAGGUGAAUCUUAGAGUGGCGGCGGGAACCCUAAAAAAGUACGGGGCGAAGGUGGAGUGUGUUGAGAGCGGGAAAGAUGCUCUUGCGCUUCUGCAAUUCCCUCACAAGUUCGACGCGUGUUUCAUGGAUGUUCAGAUGCCGGAGAUGGAUGGGUUCGAGGCAACCCGACAAAUACGACUGACGGAGAAAAAGAUGAACGAGCGAAUGACGAACGGGGAAGGAACACAAAUCGAGCGGUCGGGAAAGGCCGAAUGGCAUCUACCGAUUUUAGCAAUGACGGCCGACGUCAUUCAAGCGACCUACGAGGAGUGCAUGAAGUGCGGAAUGGACGGGUACGUCUCGAAGCCCUUCGAGGAAGCUCAACUCUAUCAAGCGGUCGCCAAGUUCUUAGUCCCCGACCCCUGAAUAUAGCAAACCGGCAAUCGAGCUUCUUCAGUCAUCUGACCGGGCGCCAAAAUUUUGGUUAGUAGGAUAUCGAGAUACGCAUCGGAAAACAAAACACCACCGAAAAAUCGGAAUUGCAUGCAGCUGUGUAUAGUCGGCGGCGGCUCCGCCAUGUUGGGUUUAUUAUGGUCUGAGUCGGCCACGGAACGCGGUCUCGUCGAGCCAAUGUAGAAAUGUUGUUACAAUAGUGUGUAUCGAUUUUUCCUGCUAUGUUGUAUGAUGUAAAAAGAAAAAAAAAAGCCCCAAAACUCCUCGGAUCCAGCUGUACAAAAGUGGCUUGCUUGUUGAUUUCUUGCUCCACUGCAUAAUUUUGUUCUUGCGGGAUAGUAAUUUGCUGUUAUUUUGUAAACUUUUGAGGGAAGGUAUUUUUUUUGUAUCAGUUUUCA